CGCAUGCGCCAUUGCUCGUCCUGUCGCUGAGUGGUGGGUGGGCCGGCCGGCCAGCCGGGUUUGUAAGCGUCAGGGGUGGCGGAGCUGCCCCACGGCCGUGCCCCCGGGGCGAUGGACGGCUAGAGCCCGCGGCCUUCGGCCUCCUCAUCGCCGCCAGCAUGUUCGGCCGCUCCCGCAGCUGGGUGGGUGGCGGGCACGGUAAGGCCGCCCGCAGCAUCCACUCCUUGGACCAUCUCAAGUAUAUGUAUCAUGUUUUGACCAAAAAUACUACAGUAACGGAUCACAACCGCAAUCUGUUAGUGGAGACUAUUCGUUCUAUAACUGAGAUCCUUAUAUGGGGAGAUCAGAAUGACAGCUCUGUGUUUGACUUUUUCUUAGAGAAGAACAUGUUUGUUUUCUUCUUGAAUAUCCUGCGUCAGAAAUCUGGUCGUUAUGUAUGUGUACAGCUGCUGCAGACCUUGAACAUCCUCUUUGAGAAUAUUAGUCAUGAGACAUCACUCUAUUAUUUGCUCUCUAAUAACUAUGUAAAUUCUAUCAUUGUCCACAAAUUUGACUUUUCUGAUGAGGAGAUCAUGGCAUAUUAUAUAUCAUUUCUGAAAACACUUUCCCUAAAACUCAACAAUCACACUGUACACUUUUUUUACAAUGAGCACACAAAUGAUUUUGCCUUGUAUACGGAGGCUAUUAAAUUUUUUAACCACCCAGAGAGCAUGGUCAGAAUUGCUGUCAGGACUAUUACUUUAAAUGUCUACAAAGUGUCAUUGGACAACCAACCUAUGUUGCACUACAUUCGAGAUAAAACUGCUGUCCCCUACUUCUCCAACCUUGUUUGGUUUAUUGGGAGCCAUGUGAUAGAACUGGAUAACUGUGUGCAGACUGAUGAAGAGCACAGAAAUAGAGGCAAACUGAGUGAUUUGGUAGCAGAACAUUUGGAUCAUUUGCAUUAUCUUAAUGAUAUCCUUAUCAUUAAUUGUGAAUUCUUAAAUGAUGUGCUCACAGACCACCUACUUAAUAGGCUCUUUCUACCUCUCUAUGUGUAUUCAUUAGUAAAUCAAGAUAAGGGUGGGGAGCGUCCAAAAAUAAGUCUCCAAGUUUCUCUCUAUCUUCUCUCACAAGUUUUCUUGAUUAUACAUUAUGCACCUCUGGUGAACUCGCUGGCUGAGGUUAUUCUUAAUGGGGACCUUUCAGUAUUCUCCUCAAAAGUUGAGCAAGGUAUCCAGAGAAGUUCAGCAAAAUCAAGCAUCAGAUGCUUCAUAAAACCUACAGAGACACUGGAGAGAUCUCUUGAAAUCAACAAGCAUAAGGGAAAGAAGAGGUUGCAAAAGAGACCCAACUAUAAAAAUGUUGGUGAAGAGGAGGAAGAGGAGCGAGGACUUGAAGAUACUCAAGAAGACCCAGAUAAGGCAAAAGCUACAGAGGGUAGUUCAAAAGGCAUCAAGGCAAGUGGAGAAAAUGAAGAAAUAGAGAUGGUAAUCAUGGAGCGGUGUAAGAUGUCAGAAUUAUCUAUUUCAACUGUGACAGAGCAGAAUACAACUGAUGAAGAAAAGAGUGCUGCAGCCUCUGGGAAUGAAAUGAUUAACUGGAGCAGGCCUUUUCUCGAUAUGGUAUAUAAUGCACAGGACUGUACUGAAGAUGAUUACUAUGCUCUCUUUGUACUUUGUCUUCUGUAUGCAAUGUCUCAAAAUAAAGGAAUUGAUCCUGUCAAGCUGGAGAGAAUUCAGCUUCCAGCACAGCAUGCUGAGGAGAAAAGCUCAUACAACCACGUACUUGCAGAAAGGCUCAUCAGGAUAAUGAAUUAUGCUGCUCAACCAGAUGGAAAAGUUCGUCUGGCAACAUUGGAACUGGGCUGUCUAUUGCUAAAGCAGCUGGUAUUAUCUAAAAGUGGCAGUAUUAUAAAAGAUGUUCACCUUGCUUGCCUUGAGGGUGCAAGAGAAGAGAGUGUUCAUCUUCUGCGGCGCUUCUAUAAGGGAGAAGAGAUUUUUCUGGAUAUGUUUGAAGACGAAUACAGGAGUAUGACAAUUAAGCCCAUGAAUGUGGAGUACUUGAUGAUGGAUGCCUCCAUUCUGCUCCCACCAACGGGGACACCACUGACUGGUAUUGAUUUUGUGAAAAGACUGCCAUGUGGAGAUGUGGAAAGAACACGAAGAGCAAUCAGAGUUUUCUUCAUGCUCCGUUCCCUGUCACUGCAUUUGCGAGACGAGCCAGAAACUCAGUUGCCAUUGACAAGGGAGGAGGAUCUAAUAAAAACGGAUGAUGUUCUUGACUUGAAUAACAGCGAUUUAAUUGCUUGUACAGUGAUUACAAAAGAUGGAGGUCAGGUUCAGAGAUUUCUGGCUGUGGAUAUUUACCAGAUGAGUUUAGUUGAACCAGAUAUUGCCAGACUGGGCUGGGGAGUAGUUAAAUUUGCGGGCCUUUUGCAGGAUAUGCAGGUAACUGGAGUAGAAGAUGACAGUAGAGCUCUGAAUAUAAUAAUUCACAAACCUGCAUCUAGUCCCCAUUCUAAGCCCUUCCCCAUUCUCCAAGCCACAUUUAUUUUUUCUGAUCACAUUCGCUGUAUCAUUGCGAAGCAGCGUUUGGCAAAGGGCCGCAUUCAAGCUCGACGUAUGAAAAUGCAGAGAAUUGCAGCUCUCCUGGAUCUUCCUGUCCAGCCUUCAACUGAAGUGAUGGGUUUUGGACACAGCUCUGCAUCUGCAUCGCAGCACCUGCCAUUUAGAUUUUACGACCAGUCACGGCGUGGCAGCUGUGACCCUACUGUACAGCGAUCUGUUUUUGCAUCUGUUGACAAAGUCCCAGGUUUUGCAGUAGCCCAGUGUAUAAACCAGCACAAUCCAUCACCACUUUCAUCGCCAUCUCCUUCUUCCAGUGGUAGUGGGAGUACUGGACACUGUGAUUCAGUUACUGCCAGCUCAGCUUCCACUCCUUCUGCAGCACAGAGUCCAUCAGGUCUGGCAGGAAAGGACGACGGCGGGUGUUUAGUCUGUCGGAGGCUGACAGUCACGGUGGACACUGGGUUUAGGUCUUCAAGCAGCAGCUGCAACCGCAACUCGUGCAAAAUCAAUGCAGUAGGUGACUCUUCAGCUCUUGAACAGCCUCCCAUGACCUUUUCCAGUCAGGUGGUGAUGGCUGAUGAAACCUCUUCAGCUGCCUCAAAAUCUGGCAAGAACUCUGUAAAGAACCCUGAAGUGGAAACAGCUAACCUAUCCCCUAGCCUGAUUCCUGCACAACAGCCCACAAUAUCUCUAAUCUCCGAUGACAAUACAGAUGCACUGAGCGUAGAGUCACUUACACUGGUCCCACCGAUUGAUCCACACAGCAUUCAUACUUUCAGCUGCAUUCCUCAGUCUUCCUUGCCAUCUGAAGUUUGCAGAGUGACAGAGGGAGAGGGUUCCGAUCAGAGUCAACAAGCAGACUAUGAUGAACAGUGAAGAAAAUGCAACUGAGUGCUCUGUAUUUUCUUUAAGUGAGGUGAUGGGGGCAUUAAUAAAGCCAAAAAGGCCAGCUGGCUCACAAGAAAGAGGCCAAUUACUCAGUAACUCAACAUAUAGGCAACUCUUUAAAAUAAACAUUAUACGUUCAGCAUUUUUGAAGGAAAUCUCUACUGUCAUAUGGGAAAGUGAAGAAGCUUUGUUGGGCUACCUUGGCUUCAUGAUGUUUUACUUCUCCAAAUAUGGAGAGACAGCAUUUGCCAGAAAAAGGAAAUAUUUUAGAAUAUUAUAGUACAGAGAUGCUGUUUCCAAUUGAAACAGUUUUUCUAUUCUCUCGGUCUUAUUUUAGAGGUAUGGCAUAAAAACAGACUUGGCCACUUUCAGUAUUGUAUUCAUAGGAUUGUAAGCUUUAAUAUUGUAUCCUCUAUAUAAUAUUUAUUUCAAUGUUCAACAUAAAUAUCGAGCAAAGUUUUUUUAUUAAAAUGAAUUGAACCCCGAUAUAAAAAUCAAAGGCUUAUUCAGGUUAAUAUAAGAUAGUUUUUUGCAUAACCAACUACAGAGGAAUGUGAAGUAUUUUAAGAGACUGAUUUUCUUAAAUGAUUGCUUUAGUCUGUUUGUUCACUUCUGACAGAGGCAAAUUGCUACAUCUGAGGAAUGGCAAAAUCCCUUCUGCAGAAGGACACUGUCUCUUCUUUAGAAACAGCCACAAGAACUUGUGCUAUAUACAAGUUUCCAUCUCCAAUGUAGCCAGGAAGCCACCUUACCCAGCUGAUGAUAUCUCACUUUAGAAGAAUGAAACUCAAAAGGGAAUAUACUGAUUUUUUCUAUAUGGAACCAGCUAAUCCUGAUGUUAACCAGAUUAAACUUCUCAGUGAAUGUGAAUCUGAUCUGAAGCCUAUCUGAUCUGUAGGUCCUGGUACACAGAAGAUAGAAAUUAAAGAGAAAGCAUAAAACUUGGCAGAAGUUUGGCAUGUUCUUUGCUGAAUUGAUUCAUACCUUAACAUGAAUCGAAUUUAACCAUUCUCAAAUAACUCUGAAGUGCAUUCAUUUCAAGUGGUGAUAAAACUAGCAGGAAAUAAUUAUUUCUGCAUAGAUGAUGAUGUAAAGUAUUUUCUGGUUCUCAAAAAUUAACCUAUACUUGUUUUUGCUUUUGUUUUGAUUUUAGUUAGCAACAGAGCCUAUUAUCUGAUUCUGUUCCUGUUGAAAUCAGUGAGAAUUUGCCAUUGCUUUCAAUGGUAACAAAACUAGACUCCAGUGUUGUGUAGGAUUAAUUUGAAAAGUGUGUACCUAUCUUCCAUUUGCCCUACCAUGAUUACACGAUUGUUUGGCCCUCAAUAAGGGAAUACUUGAGCAGGAUGUUUUAAAGGUUGUAUUUUUAUAUUUGA